AAGCUUCAUAUUUUGAUAAUAUUGUUACUUUGAUCAAAGAGAUAAUUUUUUUCAUGUCUGAUGAGGCAUUUACUUUAAUUUUAGCAUUAUGUUUUGGUGUUUAUGGAGAAGCAACAACUAAGGGCAGACAAGCUUUAUGA